UCUGGCGGCGCAGGCAGAGCAUCUCCGCAGCCAUCUCGGACCGGCGCAGGAAGAAGGCGGGGCCGAUUCAAAGGCAGCCGGCGUGGUUGAGCACCCGGGGACCUCGCUAUGGCGGCGACAGGCGUCCCCAGCCGUCUCCUGCUGCUACGGGGGAGACGGCGGGGAGGCUUCUUCCUCUUGCCGGGCGUAAGAAACACCACUAAGAAUUGCAGCCGGGGCAGUUGCCCGAGCAACGGCAGCAGGAAUGAAGCAACUAUUAUCUCAGGGAGGAGGCUGGCUGCACAAGUCUGUGAGGAAAUACAAAGAGAUAUUGAAUCAUGGCUUACCCUUGGCCACAAGAGACCUCAUCUCACUGUUGUUUUAGUAGGCGAAAACCCAGCUAGUCAUACUUACGUAAGAAAUAAAGUAAAAGCAGCAGCAGCCGUAGGCAUUUGUAGUGAAAUAAUACUGAGGCCCAAGGAAAUUUCUCAAGAAGAACUUUUAGAUCUCACUGGCAAAUUAAACAAGAAUUCAAGAGUCAGUGGCAUAUUAGUCCAGUUACCUUUGCCAGAUCACAUUGAUGAAAGGACGGUAUGCAACAGUGUUGCUCCUGAAAAGGAUGUGGAUGGAUUCCAUAUUUUCAAUAUUGGGCGAUUGUGCCUUGACCAGCCUUCCGUUAUACCUGCCACUGCUGCUGCAGUUUGGGAAAUAAUAAAGAGAACCGGAAUACAAACAUUUGGAAGAAAUGUUGUUGUAGUUGGAAGAUCAAAAAACGUUGGAAUGCCCAUUUCAAUGCUUUUACAUACUGAUGGGGAACAUGAAAGGCCUGGAGGUGAUGCUACUGUGACAAUAACUCAUAGAUAUACACCAAAAGAUCAGCUGAUGAUCCAUACACAGCUUGCGGACAUUGUGAUAGUUGCUGCAGGUAUUCCAAAGUUAAUUACUUCUGAUAUGAUUAAAAGAGGAGCUGCAGUGAUUGAUGUUGGUAUUAACCAUAUUCAUGAUCCUGUCACUGGAAAGACAAAGUUAGUAGGAGAUGUAGACUUUGAAGAAGUAAAGAAGAAAGCUAGUUUUAUCACCCCUGUCCCAGGAGGGGUAGGACCAAUGACAGUUGCCAUGCUCCUGAAGAAUACCUUAAUUGCUGCAAAGAAAUUGAUUUACUAAAAUGUAUAAAUUGAAGUAAUUCUAUAGUUAUAUAAACAUUUAUUUUUGUUAUAAAUUUAUUUAUUAAAAUGUGUUUAAUUAUGUUAGAUUAUUAAAAGAUUUAUUUCCAAGUCUGUUACAAAAAUGUAUAUUUGCAAUGAACUGAUUUGACUGAUUUAAGGUUUGAAUUGAUGUAACUUCUAUGCAUAAUCCCUGUCUAAAUGUUUUGUUCCUGUUGGAGUUGUGCUGUUUUUCAAAGGUAUGUUAUCAACUGGAUUUGAAGUGAAACCAAAACUUGGGUCUGAGUUUCAGAUAUACAGUCUAAUCCAACUCCAGCAGAUAAUAAUAAAGGGCUCAUAAUCCAUUAUGCACAGGGGUGUGGGGUCACUCAAAUGAAUGCUAAGAACUGUGAUACUGUGAAUGCUAAGAACUUUUUAACAGACAUGAAUCAGGAGUUUAUCUCUGGAAACAUGGGUUUUGUUGUUGAUAAAUACAGUAUAAUAUGUUCACAAUUGCAAAAAAUUAAAUAAAUUGUGUACAAAUUUUAAGAUGCUUUUGAUUUAAUUCUCAGAUGUAUAUUUAUAUAAAAAGGAAAAUAUUAUCCAAAGGAAAUGAUUUUGUUUCCAAGCAGUUUUCUACCUCAAGUUGAUUUUUUACAGCUGAGAACUAGACAUUGACCAAAAUCUAUAUAUGGAAAGCUGUGAAGAAAUGUUGUAAUUAAAUAGCGAUAUCAGAAUUGGGCUGAAAACAUCCAAACAAUGAGUAAAUGGCAGCAAAGAGGGCUGAAAGAGAAUGAAGAAUGACUAGACCAAGUGACUUUGUGGCUAGUGGCACUAGAACUCAUGAUCUCCUAGUUUCUGGCCUGAUACCUUAACUUCUAGAGGGACUGGCUCUACAAGGAGGACUUACUGUAUCCUUUUGCUGCCCUCUAGCGGUCAUACGUAUUUUAGCAAUCCAAAUGUGCAAUAACCAAUAAUGGAUUAAAUAACCUUUAGGUUUAUUGGCAGAUGAUUCAUGACACCAUUAAAAUGAUACUCGCCUAGUUCUAAACAGUAGCUGAUAUUUAAUCCAGAUUUGUGCAAUUGAUAACUGUAAUCUAUCAGCUAUUUAUAUAUUUCUUCAGCCCUAGCUAAGUCAUUCAUUAUCACAAUUUCAUCAGCAAAUAGUGCUAGAUACUUAUUGCUGUGCUGGGCUUUUCCUGGCUAAGUCAGGACUUUAAAUAAAAAUAUGGGCUAUAAUGAACAGAACGUAACACUAGAGGUGACUUUUAGCCAGUAGAAUCAACAUCAGCAGUACUAGGAAUGAUGAUACCUAGUAGCCUCAUUCUUACAGUAUAUGCUUAACUAAGCAAAUCAAAUCUUUAUUAUGGUUAAAGAUCUGCAUAGUAUGUUGUCUUAGAUAAAGGUAGUUUUAACACAAAACCAUUUCUCCAAAUCAACCCUAUUGCCAAAAAUCUUGGCAACUUUAAAUUUUAUGGACUUCAACUCACAGAACUCCCCAGCCAAUAGGAUUUGAUUCCCAUGUUUGCCCAGACUUGAAGUCUAUACAUCUUAAGGUGAUCAAAAUUGAUAAACCUUACUAGAGCAUUAGCUGUCCCUUCCUGGUUGUAGCCAGUGAAAAAAAAUCCUAGAAAGACCAUGCUUAUCUACGAAUGCCAUAUCUAUCUUCUCUUUGCCUCCGUCCUGAAGCUGCAUUGGGAGUGUGCAAAAAGGAAAGAAAGGAUCUGAAUUUUGAUCGUGUGACUUUUCCCCCUCCCUCUCUCUGUCUCUGUCUAUCUUUUUCUCAUUAGGUUGUACUGUAUGUCAUUUCAUAUUUUCAUUGCUGUUAAUUUGGUACAACAAUAGUUGUGUGAUUCUAGAAAACUCAAUUUAGGCAAGUUGGGAAAUCACCUAGGUUCAAAAUGAUAUUUUUUCCAUUACAGUUUUCUUCAUUUUCAGAAAAUGUUUCUUCCAUUCUCUUGUGAUUACAGUCUGAAAUCAAUGUGAUAUGCUUGCCAAUACCUUAUAUAUGCAGAUGUCUAUGGAGAUUCUCAGUCAUCCAGGUCAUGGUUGUCCCAAAGAUGCUUUUUCAAGAGGCAACUGGACUUUCUGGUUUUUCUUUAAAGAUGUUUUGCUUCUUGGAUGAGUCCAGUUACCUCUUGAAAAAGCACCUUUGGAACUUAUAUAUGCACAAUAUUUUUGGUUAGCUAGAAUGUCAUUUCACUCAUAUUGCAUCAGCUUCUACAGGGGUAGAAAGACCACAUCUUCCCAGCCUGACUAGGUGGUUCAGUGGCUAAGACACUGAGCUUGUUGAUCAGAAAGGUCGGCAAUUUGGUGGUUCAAAUCCCUAGUACAGGUCUUCUGCGUGAGCAGGGGGUUGGACUAGAUGACCUCCAAGGUCCCUUCCAACUCUGUUACCCUUACUGUAGCACAUAGUUUAUUAUGAAGAAAUACCACCAAUUCUUCUUAUCCACCUUAAAUUACUUUUGCAGAAUAUGCUGCUUAUGACGUUUUGAUCUUGCAGUAGAGUAUUUUCUACUCUGAUUGGCAGAGGCUCCAAUCAGUAAUAACUGCAGUUGUUAAGUUAGUAACGUGGUUGCUAAGUGAAUUUGGCUUCUCCAUUCUCUUUGCUUGUCAGAAGGUCGCACAAGGUGAUCACAUGACCUUGGGACACUGCAUCGGUCAUAAAUAUGAAUCAAUUGCCAAGGGUCUGAAUUUUGAUCAUAUGACCAUCAGGAUGCUGUUACAGCCGUAAGUGUGAUAAAUGGUCAUACAUCGUUUUUUUGGUAUUGUAACUUCGAUCAGUCACAAAAUUAACUUGUAAAUUGAGGACUACCUAUACAGCAUGCAGAAUUCUCAGCUUUCACGUAUGCAUACUAAGUACUUUUCCAACUCAAGAAUGCAGAAUCAUUGAAACUUUAUAGAUUAGAUUAACAGAGUUGGAAGGGACCUUGUAGGUCAUCUAGUCCAACCCCCUGUCCAAGCAGGAGACCCUGACAAAUGGCAGUCCAAUCUCUUCCUGAAAGCCUCCAGUGAUGAAGUUCCCAAAACUUCCGAAAGCAAGCUGUUCCACUGGUUGAUUGUUCUCACUGUCAGAAAAUUUCUUCUUAUUUCUAGGUUGAAUCUCUCCUUGGUCAGUUUCCAUCCAUUAUUCCUUGUCUGGCCUUCAGGUGGAUCAGUCAAACAGUCCGCAACUCAUUUAUAGUGAGGAGGCAUGCAUUCAUUAUAUAUAGGUUCCUCAAGCAACGCUCUGGCAGAAAUCAAGACAUUUCAGACUAACUUUUUGCCUGGUAAAAGAAAGGAGGAAUGAAACAAGUAAUAAGGUAAAGUUAGAAUUUUGUUCUAAGGGAAAAAAGUUAAAUUGUUAAGAAAAGCAAUUGAGUGGAUUUGUCUCUCAUAGUAAAAAUGCAUGGCUACUCAUCAGCAUCCUCCAAGGUAAAGGAACAACAGGGGUAUAAACAUGAUUGAACAUCUACACAGCACAGCAGAUUCCUAAUCAUACAGCCAGCAGACCAAACACAAAGGGCAUAUUCCAUGGAUUUUUAAAAAAUCUUUUAUUGUUACCUAGCCACAAGCCUCGGGACAUGGACUCUGGAUAUCUGAAGUCCCAAGUGUGCAGCCUCGUGACAAGGAGAGAAUAAAGAGAGAAAGCAUGUAAAAUGUGGUUUCUGGUAUUCCUUCCAAAAUCUUAAUAAUACUGCUAUCCAUGUGAUUGGGAAAGAAAAGGGAGGAGGGCUUGAAAGUUGAGCAAUGGGCAGCAUUUGACAGCAUAGCUCUCUUUUCCAUAGGCACAUAUUAAGGAUUUUCUUUCUGAUCAUUUUCUCUGCAGUCCCCAGCUUGAUCUGGCCAUUUUUAUUUGAACUAUAUUUUGCCAACCUCUCUUCCAAUAACAAAAAUGGUUCCAUUUCUGUUUUUGGUAAUUUAUCGUGUUGGUGGGCAGAAUGGCAGAUGCCAGUGCAGCAGUCAAGUGCCUUUUAACUGACUUGGUGCCAAAAUGGGAUCUCAGCAGUGAUCCAUUCAAGAUUCAAUAUGUGAAUCUGGUCAUCCAAUUAGGAGAUUCUGCCCUGGGCACAGAAUUAAAAUACCAUCAAGAGGCAUGUAAUGAUUAAAGUGCUGGUUAGGAACAAGGAGACUGUAAGUUCUAGUCCUUCCUUAAGCAUGAAAAUCAGAUAAAAAGCAAAUAAAAUCUAUUUCAGAUGUUUUAUUUCCAAGAUUUGAUUGGAUUGGGAAGAGUGAAAAAAAAUCAUAUGCUUGCUCAGUUGGAAGGAGUAAUGUUUCUUACUUUAGCAAUGGUUGCAAUGCCUUAUAUGGGUACAUUAUAUCCUGCCCCACCCUUUUUUUUCCCUAACAGAUUUGGAUCCCUUCUUGCAUCAUUGAAAUUCCUUAUCACUCUUGCUGGGCCUACCUAGGAGCAACAGGAACUGAGGGCCAAACUAGACAUGAUGCAACGUGCCUGACAUAGAGUAUUGAGGCUUGAGCAAAAUUCACCCAGCAACAUUCCAACCAUGUUUUAGUACAUCUAGAAACCAUAUCCUGUCCUGACUGGAAUGUGAAAGUGCUGAUCUUCUAUAUUUAGACAACUCAAUACACAAAGGAAGGAUCUCAACAUGUUUUUUGUAUUGUGCUGACCAGAAGUGGAUGCAGUAUUCACUUGUUUUUGAUGCUAUCCUUCUGCUGAUGCAACCUAGGACUGUAUUGACUUUUUUGGCAGCUGCGACACACUGCUGGCUCAUACUUAAAAUGGUAGUCUACUAGGACACCUAGAUCCUACUCAUAGUUACUAAUAUUGAUCCAGAUUGGAACCACAUCAGCUCUUUUCCAGUUCUGUGGCAUUUCCCUGGUGUACCAGGAGCUUGGAAAGAUUUUGUAUAGUGCUUCUAAAAUCACAUCUGCCAUCUCCUUCAGAACCCUGGAAUGUAAUCCAUCUGGUCCUAGUGAUUUGAGCUCAUCUAGAGGGGAUAGAACCUGGAAAAAAAAUGGAUGGAAAGUGUUGGCUGCUGUUAGCAUACAGUCAUGUAUGUCAUGCAUACCUGCUUUCUCCAAAAGUUGAGUAGCUGUUAUUCAUACCAGAGUAAGAUGAAAAAUGGAUAUGCCCAAAAGCAAAGACUUCACCAAUCCUCUCUACUGGUGAGAUCAUCUUCAAUGAUUCUGUUGCCUAACAUAUCAACUGUCUUCCUGGCUGAUUUUUCAUCCUAACUAUAUUUAAAAGUGUUUUGAUUGGUCGCAAAAAUUCUGAGGUCCUUUAGUUCCAAAUAAACCUUUCUUUGCAUUCUUUAUUUAAUAAAAUAUAAUUGUGUUUCCAUUAUCUUUUGCCAGUUUGUGUUCCUUGACUUGGCAAGCAUUCUAUUUCUGUUAAAGACCAUAUUCAUUUUUAUUUGAUUCUGUUGAUUUACUUCUUGGAUUAAGUGGCACCUUUUCUGAUGAACUGUAAUUUUAUCUUAAUUUCUGUUAUCUCUGUUUUGAAUAAUCUUCAAAUUAAAUAAUAUAUUUUGAAGAUAUACACUUUAAAACUUUGCACGGUUCUGUGAAUUCUUAUACACUAUGUGGAAAAUUUAUUUAAAGUUACAAACAAUUCCUGAAUAAAGCUAUUGCUUUA